UGGCUGACGGUGGGGUUUCAACGGCUAACGAUGGCUAGUUCGUGAUGGCAAACAAAGGGCAAGCAGGGAUACCGACGCCCGAUCCUUCUUUUGGCCCUUUGUCCAGCCGCCACGGAUGUGCGACCUGCAGAAAAGCUGCAGACUUUAAAGCACCUGCAUGAGGCAUUGCUCACGGGUUCGGAUGGGACUCGAGCUGCCCUGUCCUAUCAAUCUAUCCGAAGUAUUGUAUAUGUUUCAUCCGGACACCAUGCCCUCGAUCGACGCAAUAAGCAGGCCCGUAUCCCCCAAGACCAUCCCUCACCACGACUGCAGUACCGAGGGAGCCCGACUGAGGCCCCCUCUCCGUCUCAGCACCACGAUGCCGCCCGCAAAGCCUAGGCCUUCCAGCUUCUGCCAGCCCGCAUCUCCAGCAAGCACAUAUAUGAAGGCAGUCCAAGCACUGGACCCCCCGCCCGCUGGAAGACCUUCACCGCGAGCGCUCCUAUCUCCUCCACGACCUACAGAAGCAAGGGAUACGGGCAACCCGGCUGUUCCACCGUUACGCGGCCGUCGAAGCCCGCCUCACAGCCGCGGCCGCCUCCCCCUCACCGGAGUCAAGACGGUGCAAGAAAGAAGCCUCGCUCGUCCGAGCCAAGAUCGCGGAAAGCACACAACAAGAGCAGCUCCUCCUCCUCCGCCUCGGCGAGAUCCAUAUCGAGCUGCAGAACAGAGACCGCUGGCUGCUCGUCCACCAGCGCCAACCAACCGCCCAACCAGUCACCACCUUCUCCCCCAUCACCGCCUACUCCCCUUCCAUACCCGCCUACUCCCCCGUCGCCGCCUACUCCCCUAUAACCACCUACCCCCCUUCCCCCAUCCCCAUCCCCACCACCACAGCCUACCCUCCCACGACGACAACCUACCCCCCCAUCACCCCCCAAGCCUUCCCCUUCCCCCUCUCAACCCCCCUCCCAAACCCGAUCCAUGUCGGCCGGACCGAAGCAAUCCCCUGCCUCAGCCCCUGCCACGAGGAGCUGACCCCCGUCACACCCGCCACCGCCGCCACCACCGACUAUUUUUCGUGUGAGAGGGGGGGCUCGGGGACGGGGACGGGGACGGGUUCGGGCUCGGUCGGGUCUGAGGCGGUGUCGGUGUCGGUGUCGGUGUCGGUGCUGAGUCCGC